GCUUUCGGAGCUUGUUCCUCGCCUCUGAUGGUGGUGUCCUUUCUGCACUGGCAAGAUCAGAGUGCUUCUGUGCAAUUCUAAUCAGUGCAGUGGAGGGGGAGAGAGGGGGAGAGGUACGUUAAGGUUAGAGAGACACUGCCAGAAAAGAGUGAGUAUGUGUGCAUUUGAUUGAGAGAGAAAGAGGAGCAAGAUAUAAUGGGAAGGGGUAGACAGACAGACGAUGAGUCGAGAGAGAAAGUGUGUGUGCGUUUGCAUCUGUCUAUGUGUUUGAGAACGAGAGGCAAGGAGCGAGACAGAGUGAGGGAGAGUGCAAGCCAGAGAGGGAGAGAGAGGCAGAGGGAGGGGAAGUGAUAUAGUGGGAGAGAGAGGUGGUUACGUGGAGCAGCACCCCACUUCAUCAGGCAGCAUACGGCAGCCCUGCAGUGCGAUCACACAGUAUGGGUAUGGGGCUAUGAGAUUGAGAGAAAGAAAGCAGAGAGAAGCGAGAGAGACAAGAGGGGGGGGGGAGUUACAAAGAAGAGCUUGAGGGAUUUGCUCGGAUGAGAAGGGGGGGAUGAACAGUGAGUCUGUUGGCUGUCGUGGAUGUGAGAAGGACGUGGCGGCAGUGGCUGAGCUUGAGGCAGAUCGGUGGUCUCCUGUGUAGAAGUAGCCAGCGUGAGGACGCUAUGCCCUGUGAGCAGUGAGGGGUAGCGUGUGUGAGCCAGGAGCAGCUGCUGUGACUGCAUCUGCGCUGCCUGCGUGUCUCCGACAGGCAGGGGAUGCAGCAAACCUCUGCCCUGAGCACAGAGGCUGCUAGCUGCACCCAGCGAGGGGAAGAACCAGGUGGGCUGGGGAGGGAGUGGGGGGCGCCUGCCUCAGGAAGGAGCUACCUUAACCGGCACUGUGGUCCUGCAGUGAUCCUCGCUUCAGAGUCAAGAGGCUCACCUGCCAUCUGUUGGAUCUGAACCUGGAUUUACUGCUUUCAGAGAUGAGAAGCACGUUCUUUGGCUUAGCCGCACAUCCAGCAGCUUGCUGAAAAGUGUGAAUGUGGGCAGCACAGGGAGCACUGGUACCACCAAGGACACUGAGCCUUUUUCCUCUGGCAGACAGCUUACGUGGAGCUUUAUCAAGGAAUCUAAACUUGGAUUUUAUUAUGAAUUGAGGAGUUUGGAAUCAGCACACUGUGGAAAGCCUAAGCCAACGUUUCUUUGAUGUAGGAUUUACAAUAUGUCUACCUGACCGUACUCCGUGUGGCUGUGGAGUAAGGACGAAAUAUGAUUUAAGCAAAUGUCUAUUCCUUGAUCAAAAAUAACACGCGUACCUCAACAGUACUUUAGAAUGCUGCUACCUUCAUUGUAUGAGCCUUGUCCUAGCUCUCAAAGAGGUUGACCAAUGAAGCCAUGGGACUCAGCCAGAGCUUUACAAAUGGGGCCUGUGGUAAAGCCCUGGACCAGCCGGUGGGAGAGUGGCUGGAGCACGUGGGGCUGCCGCAGUACGAGAGCAAGCUCCUGCUCAAUGGCUUUGAUGACCUACGAUUCAUGGGAAGUAACGUGAUGGAGGACCAGGAUCUCAGAGACAUCGGGAUCACUGAUCCAGGACAUCGAAAGAAAAUCCUCCACGCGGCACGCAGCUUGCCCAAGGUAAAAGCACUGGGGUGUGAUGGCAGCACAUCUCUUGCCACUUGGUUGGAUGGCCUUGGCCUGCAUGAAUAUCUGCCCAACUUUCUUGCCAGCGGCUACCGCACACUGGAGUGUGUUAAGAACCUGUGGGAACUGGAGAUCAUCAAUGUUAUUAAGGUUGGUCCUCUGGGUCACAGGAAGAGGAUCAUUGCCUCUCUAGCAGAGAGACCCUAUGAAGAGGCUCCGUCUAAGUCCCGCCGUCUGUCCCCAAUUAUGUUCCAUGACCUCCUAUCCCAGACCACAUCUCCCCUCAGUCAGCUGGACCCCUACACCAGUCGCUCCAUGGACAUGCUCCUUCCCCUGACCGAGUCAGAUCGGAGGCGAAGAGGAGUCGACCAAGACUGUAGUGUAUCUCUGCGUUCUUAUAGCGAGAGGCCACGUUCUGUAGACAGACACAGCGACCGGCAUAAAGAGUCUCGUUUAAACCUCCGGCCGCCGAGCCACUCUGCUACCUAUGCCACGGUCUCCGCCUGGCAUCACCAGCCUGAGAAACUAAUUCUGGACUCCUGCGGGUACGAGGCAACAUAUCUAGGAUCAUUGAUAAUCAGGGAUCUACGAGGGAUUGAGUCCACACAAGAUGCCUGUGCUAAAAUUAGGAAAUCCAAGGACUCCAAAAAGGGUCCAGUUGUCAUACUGUCCAUUACCUAUAGAGGUGUUAAGUUCAUCGAUGCAGCCACAAAGACUAUAGUAGCAGAACAUGAGAUCAGGAAUAUCUCAUGUGCCGCCCAAGACCCAGAUGACCUCUGCACAUUUGCAUACAUUACCAAGGAUCUGAAGAGCGGCCACCACUUCUGUCAUGUCUUCAGCACUGUGGAAGUGACACAGACCUACGAGAUCAUCCUAACGCUGGGACAGGCGUUUGAGGUGGCUUAUCAGAUGGCGAUUCAGUCCAGGGCGAGACACUACAUGCCUCCUUCAUCUCUGGGCUCUGAGGUCAUAGACACUAAAACCAGCCGUCCUGUAUCUCAGUCGUGGAGCAGCAUGCGAAGAUCAGCAGUCCUCCUGCUUCCCAGGGUGCCCCUCUGCUCGAAUGCCGCUGCUGUCACUGUCACACGUGUACUACCCACCGUCCUUCCUUCCUCCCGUUGCACUCUGUUAGCCCUGGAGUCCAGAUCGACCCCCUGGAGAUGGACCCAGACAUGCAGUCCCUGGGCAGCACCACCUGGCUCUUGGACCAGCGGGACGCCAACAGGCGCCCUGUCAGCACCAAGUACGAGACCACCAUAUUCUGAGGCCGGACUCCACAGCCGCCCCUCUGCACCCCCUGUAUUUUCCUCUGCCCCUGCAUCCGGUUCUCUAUUUAUCUCUCACACUCACACAUAUAUACAUGUGAGCCCCGUGCCUUCUCACUGUGAUGGUAUAGCAUCCCUCAGGGCUGCCUACUCCUGCACCCUCCUUUGCCCUGCCCAGCGACCCAAACCAACCUCCUACCUGCCAUGACAAACACUCCUGCGGCUCCCCCGUGCCUCCCCAACACCCCCUGGCAGCCUCCGUCGCCUGUUGCUGCUACAGCCAAUGGCGGAGCUCUGGAACGGAUGAUCCUGGACUGAUCUCAUUUUACAGUGGCCCCGCUCUCUCAACCAAACUGCCUCUUCCUCCUCAUCCUCCUCUUCCUGACAACUUGCAUCUGCCUCCAAUUCCCCGAUAGCUCCCAGAGGUUGCAUCUUUAUUAUUCUUCCUCUUUCAAGCCAUUUUUUUUUAAUUGAUUCUCCACAGGCAAAACAAGCAUGCUCAUUUUUUCUAUUGCUCUGUCUAGACUUCACACUGGCUAAAGGCAAGUUGAAGUAUUUCCAGAAAUGUUGAGUUUAUAUUAUUUUAAAAAAUGGUUUUCUGUAAGGAGUCAGUGUUUUAAACUGUUAGACGAACAGUUUGAAGUUUUGGGAAAUAUGUCUAGCAGAGAAUUACGUGAGGAUAUUGACAAAAGUCUCACAGGUGUAUAGUUAAUAUGAAGCUGAAACAGAAAUCACACAGACUACAUAUACCAGUCUCAAUAAGCACAUGCACCAAAGCAUUCUCCCACUGAUUAUUGACAAAGUUCAGCUAUUUAAUAAAUAGCUGAAGAAAUGUUCUAAUAUUAUUAGAUUUAGAUUAUAGAGUUAAAUUAUAAGUAUACUGCACUUUUUAGUUUUCACACCGGCCUAGACACAGGCGACCCCUCCACUCCCACCCUGGCAACGUGGGAAAAAAAAAGUGCAAUGGUUGCUGAGGUUGUUGGGGUCACUGUGAAAUUGGUUGCUAAAGCCCAUCAUGCAAGUUUCCUUGCGACUGUUUUGGUUUCCAGCAGAUUGUCACUGGUGCCUGUUGUUCACAUGGAAGACGCCAACUCAUCUGCAAACACUUGCAAACACUGACCUGCGAUGGCUCUGAAAGUCCCACCAGGGUAUGCCAUCCACACUUUAAGAACCGCUGGGUUAAACAAGCCACAUCGUUAGGGAGCUUUAGUGGUGCUGAUUGUUUUUCAUUUUCUAAAGCCAGGUUAGCUAGUUAUAAGAUUGUAUGCCAAACAGAUUAAAGCAUUUCUACUUAGUUUAUCCCAAAAGUUGGGAAAUGUCUGUGUUAUAGCAACCAAAACAAAAAACACAACCAAAAACAGAAUGGCUUAAAUACAUUCGUACAAUAAAAAUAAAACUUAACCAAACAAAAUAACCCCAAUAAAGCAAAAACUACUCAGAAGAAAGUUACAUUUUCAGUUCAGUAUCUGUUCUUAUGGCAGCUGAGCUUAAUUAAGCAGGUGGUCUGCUACCUGUAAAUCCAGUCAGCUCCAUACUAAGUGUACAGUUGUGUCCUCUUGCAUAAUUCCCAGCAAGCAUAUUCUCCAAAAUGAUAACUUUUUCUUUAUUGUGUCUUUUUGGUAGAUUUAAAGUCAGUAGCUUAAUCUUAUAUUUAGUUUUUUGGGUUUUUUUUAUUAACAUAUAUUUUUCAUUUACACAAUUGUUUGGUUGUUUUGCCUCUCGACAGUUAUAAUUUUUUUUCUUUCUCCAUCUGUAGCCUGUCCUGUCUUACCAGGCAUCUACCACUGUGAAGCACUAUGAGGAGGCUGCUUUGAUAGCAUGGGAUGCAAGAUGGACAAUUAAUCAAUGAAAGACAAAACAGCAACAUGCAGCAAACAACUUGUGUUUUCUUUUUGUUGUUGUUGGGUUUUUUUCUACGCAUUUGUACAAUAUUCAUAGAAAGACCACAAGGAAUCGGUCACGAAUCUAAUCACUGAUGUCUGGACUCAAAACGGACCAAAAACUGAGACCUCGUAAACUCACACAAAUACACACAUACACACCCAGAAGGACAAUAUCAAGGACAACAGCCUUACUUCAUUAUGGUUAUCUAUAAUCAACUAAAAUCCCCUGACCUGCCCGAACACCACCACCCAACAACUGCACGCCUCCACCCUGCUUCUAAAAGACUUUAAAGGCAAAAAAACGAAAACAAAAAAAGGCAACACUUCUUAUUUCCUGCUGUAUUUAAAUUGACUGUGACUAGCUGGGAUGACGUUGAUGCAGAGAUGGUACAGUUUUUGUCAGGAUGAGUCUUUGCUCUGGCCUUGUACUGCCCAGUGCCUCUCAGCAGUCGUGGUAGCACUGAGAGCCUGAAAAUCACAGCUUCUUCUUAUUGUCAGUUUAAACAAAGAAAAAAAAAUGAAAAGAAACACUGUGUUUAAAAACAUGGCACUAUCCCUUUUAAGACCUUGUUUUCUUUUUUUCUUAUGGUGCAAAUGGGACAUUAGUGGAUUUUUGUGAUACUUUUUGAUAGAUGGGGCAUAACUGAAAUGCGGGUUGGGGGGAAUGAUUAAGAAGGGAUUGUAAAGAAUCCCAACAUUACUACCAGAGGCAAAAAAAACAAAACGUAAACAAAGUUUAAAAAAAGAAUAUUGGGUCUAUUAAUGAGCCUCUAGCACAAUCUGAUGCACAUUUCCCGUCAUAGCAUCUUAUUAUCAUGAUUACUUGAGUAGGUAUCCAUGUUGUUUCACUCCAAUUUAGAAUUAGGUACAGUACAUGCAAAGUGUGUUACUUUGAGGGGGUGAAAAGAUUUUAUUCCACUACAUUAAAAGAGCCAAAUCUAAAUGUUGCUCUGGUGUCGUGUUAAUGCGAGUGGAUUUGUAAUGCUGAGAGCGUGGUACCAUUUAUUUUUUUUCUUAAAAGAUUUUCCUCCUGCACUGUGACUGAAAAAAAAGGUCGUCGUGAAGUCGACACAUAUCUGUGGGUUCUCCCCUGUGUGCACUACCUGCUGUGCGUGCUGUAUGCCUUGUUUCUGUCUGUCCUCAUGGGAGUUUGGACCGUUACAUCACUGGCCACUGUCCUUGUUUUUUGUGUGCUGCGGGAGAAGUGAAGGAUUGAGCUCGUGGAGGCUGACUGAUUUUAUUUUUUUUUUAUUAUGGUGUAACCGGCCUGCGUGCGGUACCGUGGCUGUGUCAUUGCCACUCUGUUUCUGACUGUUAACUGUUAGCUUCCACUGACGAUUGCAUGUUGGCAGUGUGUUUGUGUUUUCGUACCCUUUGAUGCACUUGGCCUGAGCAGUCUCUCUGUAUGUACCGUAGCAGUGUCUCGUCUCCUCUCACUCAUCUGCCAUUCGCUUUUUACGUUCCCUCUCCCCGUCACACGCCAACUCAGCGCUUCACCCUCAUCCCUCCGUUUUGCCAUCGUCGUCCAACAUUUUGUCAUGUAUGUUCUUCCGUUCUGUGUGUCACCGAAACAACCUGCUCUAUUAUGGAUGCACAAUAUGAAAGCAUUACACUUAAAUGAGCAGCAAGCUAUUUAAAGCAAGUUUUGGUGGCAUGAUAUCGCUGUGCAUGUAACCGCUCUUUUUAACAUUGGUGUUUUCCUUGUGUAGCUCGCCCCAGCGUUCAAGUUUCCGGAUACCAAGCUGUGAGUUGAAGGGGAGCAGCCGAUGCGAGUGUGUUUGUGUGUGUUGAGUUAUAGCGGGCAGAGCAGUGUGAAAGAGGUAGAGAGAAACUGAGAGGUAAGCCUUACGCAAUGUGCAGGGCCAAACCAGCGCUUACUCUGACAUUUAGAUCUCACUCCGUAUAUCCCCUGCUCCUCCACUGCCCCUGAGAUGAAUCCCAACACAGACUAAAAGGUAACCCGGUAGUCCCACAUCACUGGCUAAACAGGACCUGUGUAUCACUCCUGUCUUGAGAAAGGUCACUCAGAAAGGUCAAGUCUAUUUCCUGGCCUCCGUGUGACUUUCUGAUCUUGUUAUGUAGGUACUGUAAUGUUUAGAGCACUGUAGACCAUUAAUGAUAUAGACCAUUAAUGAGCAUUUCUAUUGAUUCAGGUCUAUUGAAAAUGUGGGAAUUAUUAUUAAAGGGUAACAAAAUGUAGAGGAAAAGAAAAAAAAACUGUACCAGCAUACAAUGCUUUGCCCAUGUUUCUGGACAGAGUAUGGUUUGUCAAUGAAAAUGUGAUACUGUUUCAAAUUUCAAAGCAAUAUUAUAUUAAUGACAUUAAAUAAUACAAAGACUAAAGAAUCCCUCUCACGUCUGUUGUCAGCAUUGAUUUCUUUUAUAUGGCUGAGUAGUUAAAAGCAGAAACAUUACACCAGCUGUUUAAAAUUUAAAGUGACAAAUACAACAAACGUGGUAAUUAAUGUACAAUUAUACUUUCACUCUUUCUCCUGCCAAAGAGAUUAGUGGGUGGUGCAACUUUUUAUUCUAAACAAACGAUUAGCCCCCAGUCUCUGUGUCUCUCAUGUCUCCAACUGCAUUCAAGUCAGAGCCAAGCAUCCAGGUGCCUGGUGAAAACACACACACAUCAGUAUUCAACACAGUAAACGUAGCAUUUGCACAACAUGAAGAAACAGUUUUCUGUCAGGUAUAUGUUUAUCAGUUCUGUUGGGACCUGUAGCAAAGUCAAAGUUAAAUGAGAAUUACCUGUCCUUUUUUUGCAUGUUUUUGCUAACCUUAUGAAUACAAUUCUUCAAAACUGGAAUUGUUUUAGAAAUGUUUUAUUUUAGCUAAAUUCCAGCUAUGGGUAUAGAUUUAAUUUAAAUAGAAAAUGAAAAGCUGACUCUUUAAAAUGCACGUUGGGUCAUCCUGCAUAGCUUUCAAACCAGCUCAGUUACACUAGAGUAAAAGCAGGAAAAAAUUGCCCAUUGCCUUGUGUUUGAAUCCAUUCAUUUAUUUAUUUUUUACAACUCGAGACUGAUUGACUAUAGUUGUGGUGACCAAGUGGUUAACCAGAGGUUGAGCGAGCAGCACCCUAAACCUCUGGACAAGCACACUGGACUGCAAGACGACUGCAUUGGUCACCGAUAAUCCCCAGAAAGUCAAAUAAUUGCCAUUUAAUUUAUAAAUGCAGACAGACUGGCAAACAAUCCGAGUUAGUCUACUCCGAUGAGUACAACCUGCCUGCUCUCCUGCAGCAACUAUGUGAGUAUUUGAGGAGGAAUUUCAAAUCUAUGAGAAACUUGCUGGGCCCCACUGAAUAUGAGUUACUGUCAGUUUCUGUUCAAUGAGAAUUCCUGAAGCAUUUGAGAUUUUCACUCAUUUAUCACAUUUAAUCGUUGUAUUUUCACAAACGCAAUGUAACUGCCAACUUGACUCCAUUCAGCCGCAAACUGAUAGCAGACUGGCUGUGCUGCUGUAGCGCUUUCUUGAAGCACCAAAGUCAUUUUGAAGAUACCUGACUGCAGACGUGCUCCCUGUCUUUAAUGUAACCAUUUUAAAGGCAGUGAGAUUCCAACGUGAUUGGUGAGUGAUGCAAUAAUUUUGGUCGUGCUGUGGUCUCCUACCACUGUUUUACCUAGUGUGACUGUAGCAUGAACUAUUAGAAAACAAUAAAGCAACACUGGCAAAAGUUAAUAUAAACUUUAUCUUUACUGAAAUUGAUUGACUGAAUAUAAAAGAUGGAUGUAGAUAGGUGUGGAUUGAUCUGAUAUUUGGAUCUGCUACCAAUGAGUCAUUCUGUUCAAUUUAAAUCUAUAUUUUACUGACUUAAUUUCAUUUCUGUGUUUCACGAGUCAAAAGCAUGGAAGCUAACAUGGAGGAAGCUAAAAGCAAAGAAAUCGUUUAUUUAUGACUUAUAAGUUAACUUAUUUGCUGAAAAACUCAGACUCGGAUGCUUUCCCUAUCAGCUUCUCUCUCUUGUUUGCCCACUCUCGCUGGUCCUCACUCUUGUUAUGCUCAGUGUAACACUUGUUAAAAAGCUUUUAUUGCAUUACUGCAGUAACAUACAGUAACAUGUUGUCAACUCCAUGUGGUAUUAUUUCACCUCAUGUUUCUGUUAUUGGCUUUACCCCAUGCAUAUGAGGUGUGCUCACAGUGACAGCAGGUAAAGGUAGGUAAAGAAUUCAAUUUUAUUUAUAUAGCGCCAAAUCACAGCAGUAGUCAUCUGGAGGCGCUUUGAGAAGUGUCGCUGUAAAGGACGUCAGUAUGCAGUGGUCACUCACAGAACUAAAAUAAGACUAAUGUGAAUAAAUUAGAUGGAUAACAUUUUAUUUAUGAAAAGUAUGUUUGAAAGUAUAAUAAGUCUUUUCCUAAGAAAGAAAUACAA